AUGGAUAUUCCUCAAGUGCAGAUUUCCGGGCUUGAUAACUCUCAUGGUCCUGGGGACGCGCAAAAAGCGGAAACGCGCGAUGUGGACAUGGAUUCGAGUCAACACGCAGCAGCAACGAAUGAUUCUAUAACACAAGAAGUACCCCUAUCUAGUGCAACAACAGAGCUAGAACAGACAUCCAUGGAAGAAGUGGCGCCUCCGAAAAGAAACCCUGGACUUCAGUUUCUUGAAUACUUGACGUCGCCUAUUGUGGAACUUACUAUAGGAAAUGGAGAAACCAAGACCACCUUAACAGCUCACCAAAGACUACUUCUGGAAUCGCCCUUCCUUGCUGAGCGAGUCUCAGUAUUUGAUAGUUCGGGGCCUCGCCGCAUUGAGCUUCCUGAUGAAGAUGUAGAGGCCUUUGGCUCGUUUCUGCAGUUCCAAUAUACCGGCAACUAUGACAGUUCUCUAGACGAUGCCUCCAAUGACAAAGACGCCGCUGUGGGAGAAAUCCAUGAUAGUGGUGAGCAGCUACUAAAACACGCACGUGUAUACACCUUGGCAGAAAAGCUCGGGAUACCUGCCUUGAAGACCUUGGCCCACUCAAAGAUUCACCGUGUGAACAGCACUUCACACGGUGAGAUUGCGUAUGCACGCUAUGUGUACACUAAUACACCAGCUAACGAUGUUACAAUUCGGAAACCCGUAGCAUCUUUCUGGGCUUUAAGAAGCCAUGUUUUGCGACAUGAAGCUGAAGAGGAGUUCAGGAAGCUGUGCCUUGAGGUUCCCGAGUUCUGUUUUGAUGUAUUCAGCAUGGUACUUGACCAUAAAGAAAAGCGCGCUCAAGAUAAAGCUGAAUCCGAGUCUGCUAUUAAGGGAAGUGGGAGAAAACGACUCAGGAGUGGCCUGUAG